GCAUAACAGUAAUAGAUAGGAUGUCGACAAGGUCAGGCGCUAAACACUCUUCAUUCAUACGGCAUCUCGAAGGAAAAAACAUGGUGUUUUUUGUACUGUUGAUGCUGUUGGUAAAUCAGGGGUUUAUCAACGGUGAUAAAGUUGAACUCAAAGCUAAUGUCGGCAAGUGUUUGGUCGUCGGGGAGACACUUGAACUGAACUGCAGUAUUACCAACUGGAAUGAAAUUAGUGACCCUGACCUUAAUCAACUAAAUAUAGAACAUAGCUCUAAAAAAAGAAGGUUUGUUAACCAUUCCGUUAUUGAUAACAGAACGGUGCAGGCCAUUAUUUCAAAUAUGGAAAAAGGUGAUGGCGGAUACUACAGAUGCAGCUACAAACCAGAUCCCAACCUGAUAAUGGAUCUUCUGUUCGAAGUAACAGAUCCUGACCCUAUGCCUGCAGACAUCGACUGCAUCGCUAAUGGUGCAGCAACACAGGUUGAUUGUACCUGGAGCAGGCGAGACCUAUGUGCAACUUGGCGCCUAUUUUAUUCCCAAACUGGUGAUCGUGAGACCGCGUGUGUACUCCCGGUACAUAACUUACAGAAGAGCUGCGCAGAACACACCAUUGAUUCUAGCAAACGUAUAAACACACGUUGCCACCAGCUUCCCACAGAAGGUAAACCAUUGCAAUUGAGAUGCAGUGUGAACGUUUUCUUUGGCACUAACUUUAGUCUUAGACUAGAACGAAACAACCCGUCCGGCAUUGAGAGAAGGACAUUUCAGAAGAGAUUUGACGACACUAUUGUCAAACUUGAUGCCGUACAAAACCUGCUAGUCCACAGUUCAUCUACAGCAAUGUCUCUCGACUGGAAAUUUCUAAAAUCUCCACGCUAUUAUAACAAUGGUAUUCGCUGUAACGUGUCAUGUGGUAUGGAAACAAAAACAUUGAUAUUUCCAGAGAAUGACACAAAUAAAGACGUAAGAGGAAUUCUAUUCAACAAUCUGCAUCCAUUCACAGAAUAUAACAUUACAGUGAUAUGUAAGGUGACUGUAAGUCGGUACUGGGGAGACCCAAUAGAACGUGCAUACCAAACAGAGGAAGAUAUUCCCCUUGUUGGACCUCACGCAACAGACACGUCCUAUACAUUAGCAGGGUGCAUAUCAGAAAGUUCCGGUACCUGCAGUCUGACCAUCUAUACAGAGCAGGAAGACACGUUAAAUACCAACGGCAAUAUUACUGGAUAUGCAGUUGAGAUCCGAAGUAGGCAGGAGCCUAAAUUAAAGCAGCGGUUUAAUUUUUCAAAUUCACGAACAACGCUGGAGAUCGGACCGCUGGACAAGGGAAUAAUUCCGCCAUUCAAUGUGUCUAUAUGGUCUAAAACGUCUAAGGGAUUGUCUAACAGAUCCACGGACAUUAUCAUCAAACCAAACAAAGACAUUGCCUUCCAAGCGUUGGUUGUUGAGGAACAGGACGCCAGCUACCUCAUUACGGCUGAAAUAUUGUCUAGCUCGUCCUCUUCAGAGUUUAUCUGCCAUUGGUGUUACGGGCUUAAAACGGACAACAAAAUAACGUGCAAGGGAGGAUAUGGAUACAGGAACUCCUCAAAACCAGAGUUUUUUAUGGAAAAGAGUGAACUGGAUGAAUCAGGUGUAGAAGAUGAUAACAAUUACCGAUGGUAUUUUGGGAUGUCGGUCAGUACAGAGGCGGGUUCUACCGGUAUUCAUUGGGAGGACUGCAUCUUCCGGUCAACCAAACAUGUUCAAAGUCCUCCCAAACCUGAAAUGCCAGUGCUAUCCGACGGAAUACGUAACCAGAUCGUUGUGCUCGUCCAGGCAUUCUGUCCUCCAGUCAACAGCAACAGUGGAAGUCUUCGGCCAAUGAACUACACCGUUGUAUGUACUAACAAUGAUGAUUUUCGCGAUGAACGAACAAAAACAUUCGAGGCUCGCUACAACGAUAACCGUUUGGAGAUCAACGAUUUGAAGCCUGGUUCAACCUACAACGUGAAGUACAAUAUUGGCUAUCGGCAAAGCACAAGUCCCUACAGUGAACCAGCUUCCAAAUACAUCAGCGCUCAACCACAAAUAGAACUGAUUGUCGGAUUAGCAGUCGGGAUCACAUUUGUCCUUCUCUUCGGAAUCUUAAUGAUUUGGAAAUUAGCAAAAUGGUAUAAUAAGAUAGAGCAGCCCAUCGAAGGUGUUGAAAUUAGGAACAGUAAUUGGGGCAAUUCCAAUAUUGAUCCUACAGACUGCCAUGAUGAUAUGUGUGUCGAAUCAAGUGAAGUUGAAGAUGUCACGCAUAAUAUAGUCGCUGAAUGUAACAACGGUCAUGAUUACUUACAUCAAGCAUCUAAAAUUUUUGGGAACAGACCAGACUCAAAACACUAUAAACUGGCUACUCGUAAUUGUUCCGAUAUCUUUAAUCCGCAUUAUGAAAUAAUCGGUUCAAUCACCAGCGGAGCAGAUAUAGAUGUAAGAAUUUCCGGUUCGGACAGGUUUGAGCAUAUUGUGGCAAUUGAUGACGAAAUGUGUUCCAAUAAAUCGUUCGCCUCAGAAGACACGCUUAAUAUAGUUGAUGAACAAACAGCUGAUGCAAUAGAUAUGUUUCAUCAAUCCACAAAGUCUUCUGAUGUCACUAUCAAUGCAACAGCGGCGAGGACGGAGAAAUCUGCGGAUGGCGAAAGCGGUAUUUACAACCAUUUAUUAACGACAAGGAGUGUGUAUUCGGAAAACAGCGACGACGCUGAUAAUACUCCAGGAAGUCCCAAGUUUACAGAAUAUAUGCCGAUGAACGACGGAUGUUGCCAACGCGUUUCUGAGGUGAUGUUAGACGAACAGGAUAGUGCAGUGACAUUACCUAGUGCAACCGAAAGAGAAGCAAUUGAUGAUGAAGAUGAUUCAAGUCAGCAGCACAUCGAGGAUUUUCUUGUCAUGCAACCGAAUUCUUUAUUGUGUGUCGAUCAACCAUUUCCAAGUCGGCAAAAUAAAAGCAUAAAAAAAUCGGAAAUGUCUGAGAAAUCCCAUCCGACAUUUUCAGGAUAUAAACGACUGCCUCAAGCAGAGACUUAUCCAGUGUUCAGACCAAACAUAGGUCACGAAAUGUUCGAUACCUUUGAAACUGAUGAUGAACCGUGCACCAGCGAUGCUGAUAUUGAACUGCAUGUUCCAACAGUACCGUUUCCGCUGAUUGAAACAGGAGAUACCCAACAGUUAGAUACCACUAUGAAACUGGACGAAACUUCCAGAAAAUCAACAAACCAAAUGUGUGUCUUGGGAAGGAUUACAAAACCUUCAGUCGAAAAUGCUGGUAGCCAAAAACCUGCCAAAACCCAUUACCAAACACUUCCCUGUUUUUAAUGGGACGUCCAUAUUCCAUAUACUAAGUAGGCUUUCGAGGGUUUUCUGUAUAAUGAUUGACUUCAUUACUGACAGCUAGAAAAAAAGUAUUUUAUGUCGCCUAAAAAUUCAACUUUAUUUGAUUUAAAAUCAAUGGAUAACUUUGACUCUUACUCUAACUUUGAAAAAUUGUUCGGGUACUUAUAGAUACAUGUGGUAAAACAUCCCUAAUACAUGUCUAGGUUUUUGAAAACAAAGUUAGUUUUAAAGGGAGCAUUUUUGCAAAUUUUGACCAUCGAAUUCAAUGUCACACAGUUAUAUUUCCUCCGAUUUCAUUUGGAGACUGUAUUGUAUCAGACGCCGUACAGAAUGAAUUAAAAUAAAAUGAUUAGUGUGUUACCGCUUUGCUUUCCACAUAUUUUCCUAUAACAUAGUGUGAUAUAUUCGUUAUAUGCAAUACAAGAAUAGGAAGGCUAUUUAAGAAGAAACAAAAAGAAUAGAAUUCACCGGUGUUCUACUUUAUUUAAUGCAUUAUUCCGGUGAUGUAAUUUAUACGAAAAUCGAAAUUCAAUAUUUCCUUCGAAUCGGCAUUAAAAACCAUGACAAUUGUAUUUGGUGUACUGUACAAAAGAACUAAUUGAUAUCAUUUAUUUUUAUAUUAUUAUUUGUUUUAUGAAAAAAAAAUUGAUUGUGUAAAAUUUUUGAUCCGGUUAGAGAAACUCUUGUACACAUAAAACUAUUACAGGGCACGUCGCACACGUACACGUAUACAUAUAUAACAGAUUUUCAUUCACUCGAGCGUUUCCGUUCCUUGUCAAAAAAGAUAAGUGGUGUAUAGUGUGUCAAUGAUAACAUCCUUAUUUCAACAAAGGCAUUAUCGACUUGACGUCAUAAUGAUAUUGUACACAGUUGUUGUGCUUAAAGGAGAAGCACCGUUUAACACUGUAGCAUUAAGAAAAAUAUAUGAUCUAAAAUAAUCUCUGUACCGGGGAGUUGAUAACAUAAAAUAUAAUGUGACUAUCGAAAACAUCGUGUCCAUUAAUUCUGAGGAGACUAAUACUAGCUUGCCUGCUGUCUUACUCGUUCAUUUGAUUCAAAUUGUGUUGGAAUGAAAUAGAAUUUUAUCAAACACUUUCUUUAAAAAACAUUUUUUCUAUUGCAAUAUUUUUAUUGAUCAUUCAUUUUUAAGAUUCAUGAAGCUUUGAUAAUUUUUGUUUCAUUCAG